AUGCAAGAAGAAGGGGAAAUGGAAAAGCAGCAGCUUCUAGAAAUGGGGUUCUCCGACGAGUUARCUUCUCAAGCUCUCUCCGCAACCGCCGGCAGUUCCAUUUCCGGUGCCACUGAAUGGAUUCUCAGCCAAGAAUCCAUAAACGACAACAAAAAUUCCCCAAUCACCACUCAAUCUUCUUGUCAGCCGAAAAUCAAUCACUUCUUUCGUUUUAACMCCUCAAAGAAACCAUCACAGUCAUCCGACAAUCACCCAGAAGCAGCAUCACCACCAGCAGAAUCAGAACCAUUACCACAAYCACUACUCAAAAAAAGGAAGCAGCCUCCGGUUCGRAAUGAACAKCCGCUGGCUGAGCGAAUGCGGCCUUACAUCAUCGGCCAAGUGGUAGGACAAGACCACCUCCUCGCCGGUAAAUCCUCUCUUCUUCGGUCAGCCAUUGACUGCGAUCGCUUGCYGUCAUUAAUUCUAUGGGGGCCGCCUGGUACCGGUAAGACCUCCAUUGGUCGAGCCAUUGUUAAUUCCUGUUUAUCAUCUUCGUYUUAUCGAUUUGUUUCUUUGUCURYUGUWACUGMUGGUGUUAAAGAUGUUAGGGAUGUCGUAGAUGAAGCUAGAAAACGCAAAAAGAAUAAUAUAAAUGGUACGAUUAUGAGAACRGUGUUGUUCGUGGAUGAGGUUCACAGGUUUAACAAGUCACAGUUGGAUUCUUUCUUGCCUGUAAUCGAGGACGGCAGUAUUAUCUUUAUUGGUGCUACAACYGAAAAUCCUUCCUUUCAUCUGAUAACGCCAUUGCUGUCUCGUUGUAGAGUUGUCACCCUUAAUCCACUUGAACCCCACCAUGUUGCCACCAUCCUUAUGYGUGCUAUUGAUGAUCCCAACAAKGGUUUGGCCYAGAGUGUAGGGAGAGCUAUUGAUGUGAGUGAUCAAGUCAUUGAAUAUUUAUCACAGCAUUGUGAUGGAGAUGCAAGGGUGGCAUURAAUGCUCUUGAAAUUUCAGCCAUUGGUGCUGCUGCCCGCAUAGGUAUAUCCRAUCAUUCUAUAGUGGUCAAUGUUAUUUUGGAUGAUGCAAAAGAGGCGAUGCAAAGCAACAAGCAUCUUUCUUAUGACAAAGCUGGGGAACAGCAUUACAAUCUAAUCAGUGCACUCCACAAGUCAAUGAGAGGAAGUGAUGCAAAUGCAUCAAUAUAUUGGCUGGCAAGGAUGUUGGAAGGUGGGGAGGAGCCUCUCUACAUUGCACGCCGCCUCAUACAGUUUUCCAGUGAGGAUGUUGGAUUGGCAGACCCAUCAGCYCUCACCCAAGCUGUGUCAUGCUAUCAGGCUUGUCAUUUUCUUGGUAUGCCGGAGUGUAGCAUCAACCUAGCCCAGUGUGUUGCCUACCUSGCACAUGCUCCUAAAUCARUAGCYGUAUACAGAGCACUAGAGGAUGCCAGGAAGGCUGUGAGAGAUUCAGUUGGGYAAAAUGAGGGAGUGCCUUUGCAUCUGAGGAAUGCGCCUACCAAGUUGAUGAAAGAAGUUGGAUAUGCAAAAGGUUAUAUCUAUCCUCCUGAUAAUCCUUCUUCGUCACUGUCCUAUCUACCAGUUCCCCUUCAAGGUUCUAAGUUUCUCAACUGGCCAGACAGUAGUUAAGAAGAUGCAUGUCAUCAGAAAGCAGUUUAUGAUAUACUUUUGUUGUGCAUCAUGUUUUGUUCCAAGCUGCA